AUGGCGCCGUUCCAUUCGUUUAUGAUCUCUUCACUGCCAUUCGUUUUUCUCCUCCAACUGUCUCUCGUUUUCGCUGCCCCCUGGAUCGUCACCGCCGAUUAUGAGGAUGAUAGCUGGACAUAUACGGAGAGGUAUGGAAGCUCUGCCUAUACGACGUAUACCGAAAACUUGAUCGAGAUGAUCACGCCCACGGCGACGUCGAUGCCCCUGGCCCUAUCGACGACGACAACGACAGAGUCAUAUUACGGAGAGUCAGUCACCAUCGUCGAGGUCUUGUAUCCUACAGGUGCCGGGUCUCCGUCCGACUAUGAAGACGGGUAUGGCGACGACGGCGACGCCAUUUACAAUUACUACGUCAAUAUGGUCUACACGGCCCCAACCGGGUGCUCGUCGCACUUCACGGCAACCACGGCCGUCCCGAUCGAUGUGCCCUAUAUGAUCGAAGGCAUGGUGCCCGUGACCACGGCCAUGACGACGUACUCGGUCGACGACUCGACGCCGUUCUCCCCAACCACCUACACCGAGAUCAUGGCCUUUAUCAACCCGACCCAGGUGCCUGUGUCGAGUCUGGCCGCGGUCAGCGAGCAAUACGCCUACUCUGUCUACCAGGAUUACGGCUGCUCCAGCUACUACGACGACGGGUCUGACUACGGGUACGGUGACUCCUACUACGAGUGCACCGGCAACUGGUUCUCCGACUGCUGGGGUGUCUCGCCGGUCGGCAUCAUCGUGGUCACCGUCCUGAGCUGGUUCGGCUUCUGGCUCUUCGUCGGCAUGGCCGAGAGUUUCUUCCACUUCCGCCGCCUGUGCAAAGGCUGGCAGGCCCGCCGCGGCUUCCCUCUCUCCUGGUGCAUGCUCUUCCCCAUCCUCUCCUGUCUCUUUCUCUUCUUCAGCCGCCGUGGCUUCUGCGCCCGCACCAUCGACGACGCCGACGAGCUCAAGAAGCAGUGGAACGAGAUGGGCUUCUGGCGCAAGAUCGGCCGCUGGCUCCGUUGGGGCUUCAUCGUCAAGUACCCUGCUUUCCUCGGCCCGGCACCCCCGCGCGUCGGCCAGCCCAACAAGCGCCCCAUCCCCUUGCCAACCACUCCGCUCCUACACGUCUCCUCCCCGCCUCAUUCGGGGGUGUCUUCUGCGCGGCCGAGUGUCGAGCCGCCCAUUCCAGAAAUGUCGGGUGUCUUGCCCGUCCACGCCGACACUCUCCAGCCCCCUUUCCCCCUGCGAGACACAACUCCGUUUAGCCUAGCACGUCUUUCAAGCCUUACAAAAUAG